AUGGUCUCGAGUCGAACUCCGCUGCUUACAUGCGUGAGCGUCGUGUGGCGCGAGCGUCAGGAAGCGCUAGGCCUCCUUCCGCACGUGGCUGCUCUGAUCUCGGCGUAUUUGGACAGCUCGCAACUCUGGAACAUCCCUCAAGCUCUGGACUAUGGCUAUUUGCAUCUGCUGCAGCGACUCGGCGCCACUUCACGACGGCUGCGACCGCUAUCGAAUCGCGGUUGCUUCCUGUCGGCAGCACAGAGAGGUAAUAUUGCACUGUUGCAAUGGUUAGCAGCAUACGAUCCGGACUUUAAUGGUUAUGGUGGAGUACUGGACCACGCGGCUGAACAUGGCCAACUGGAAGUGGUCAAGUGGUUGGAUAAGAACAUCUUGGACUUACAGGCCAGCACCAAGGCAAUGGACUUGGCUGCAGCACACGGACACCUUAAGGUUGUGCAAUGGUUACAUUAUAACCGGAGUGAAGGAUGUUCACAUCAUGCCAUCGAUGAAGCGGGGGCUCGAGGACACGUCGAAGUUGUGGAGUGGUUGGCCACUAACCGUAACGAAGGGGGCACUAAAUACGCGAUGAACUUUGCUGUGUGGUACGGUAAUUCUCGCAUGGUGCAUUGGUUGUAUGAACAUCGUAGCGAAGGGUGCAGUAUCCACGCCAUGGUGUUCGCAGCGAAGAGAGGGGAUCUUGAGCUGCUCAAAUGGCUCUUUGGACACAAGGAGGAGCUUCUGGCCUCCGAUGCAGAGGACAACUCACCUUUGAUCAUGGAUCACGCAGCGGAAUACGGACAUCUCGACGCGGUCCAGUGGCUACACGCAAAUACUACUGGUGGAUGUUCCACGGACGCAAUGAAUGGCGCGGCGCGUGGGGGAUACUUGGAGAUCGUAAAGUUCUUGCACGAGCACCGCUCUGAAGGAUGUAGUAGCAACGCGAUGGACGGCGCUGCACGAGGUGGUCACCUGGAAGUGGUGAAGUUCUUACAUGACCAUCGCCGUGAGGGCUGUUCGUACUUGGCAAUGGACUACGCGGCUGCUGAAGGUCAUCUGGACGUCGUGAGGUUUCUACAUUCUCGCCGCAAUGAAGGCUGUAGUCCAUGGGCAAUGAACUCAGCAGCAGGCGGUGGACAUCUUAAUAUUGUUAAAUUUCUACAUGAGAACCGAAGUGAAGGCUGCACUGAGCGAGCUAUCGAUCGAGCGGCAGGCGGCGGAUACCUUUCUAUUGUGAAGUUUCUUCACCAAAAUCGAGCGGAAGGAUGUACCGCAGAGGCCAUGGAUGCGGCCGCUUGCUUUGGACACUUGGAAGUGGUUAAAUUUCUUCACUUUAACCGCAGGGAAGGAUGCUCUCAAAGCGCGAUGGGCGCUGCUGCGCGCUGUGGUCAUUUGGACGUUGUGAAAUGGCUGCAUGACCAUCGUUACGAGGGCUGUUCGACCGACGCAAUGGACGGCGCGGCUUGGUUCGGACACCUGGAUGUUCUUCACUUCUUGAAGGAAAACCGCGUUGAAGGGUGCACUAGACGAGCUGUGCGCGACGCGUUAAUUGGUGGUCAUGUGGAAGUGGCUCGGUGGCUUGCAGAAAACUACCCGCAGUGUCGAAUUAGCGGGGUGGAGUUGAGUGCUUAA